AUGCGCUGCGCCGACGAAGCCGCGCGCGCGCCGAAGAUUGCCCCGCCGCCGCACCCGACGUAUUCGAUCGACGCCGUCGUGCGCGCCGCGCUCGAAGAGGACGUCGGUGACGUCGGUGACGUGAGCUCGCUGAGCACGAUCCCCGCGAGCACGCGCUCGACGGCGACGCUGCUGGCGAAGGCGACCGGGACGCUCGCGGGCGAGCACCUGGGGAGCGUCGUGCUCGCGGCGGUGGACCCAGAGUUAGAGGUGGAGUGGAUGAAGCGCGAUGGCGAACGAAUCGAACGCGGUGAGGUGUUCAUGCGGGUCACGGGAAGCGCGAGGAGCAUCCUGCGCGCGGAGAGAGUGGUGUUGAACUUUAUGCAAAGGAUGAGCGGGAUCGCGACGAUGACGGCGGCGUACGCGGCGGCGGCGGCUCCGGCGAUCAUGUUAGAGACGCGAAAAACAGUCCCGGGCCUGCGAGUUCUCGAUAAAUGGGCGGUGUUGAUCGGUGGCGGGAAGAAUCACCGAAUAGGGUUGUUCGAUAUGGUGAUGAUUAAGGAUAAUCACAUCGCCGCCGCGGGCGGCAUCGCCGCCGCCGUCGAGGCGUGCGAAAAGUAUUUACUCGAAAAUAAUCUCAAAGACGUCAAGAUUGAGGUCGAAGCGCGGACGAUGGACGAGGUGAAGACCGUGAUCGCGCUUCUGGACGACCCGAACGUCCCGACGGGCAGCGUCACUCGUUUAAUGCUCGACAACAUGUCCGUGGAGGACAUGACCGCCGCCGUGCGUCUCAUCGACGGCAGAGUCGACACCGAGGCGUCGGGUAACGUCACCCUAGACACCGUCCACGCCAUCGGCCAAACAGGCGUGACGUACAUAUCCAGCGGUGCGCUCACGCACAGCGUCACCGCGUUAGAUAUUUCGCUCAACAUUGAUGUGUAA